CAGGUGCUUAAAUAUGGGACAGGUGAGGUACACCGUACAGCAGAUCCUGGAGCCGCGGUUCGCUAGAUUCUCAUCUGACCGGUCGCCAACAGCCUCUAGGAUGGUCAAAGCAGUGUUGUCUGUGUUCCUGGUUCUGGUGGGCCUGUCCUCCAUCUUCGCCAAAUACAUCCCGAAGACCGGCAAGAGGAUCCCUCAGACUCUGUCCAGAGGGUGGGGCGACCAGCUGAUCUGGGCUCAGACGUACGAGGAGGGUCUCUACUGGUCCAGGUCGAGGAACAAGCCUCUGAUGGUCCUGUUCCACCUGGAGGACUGCCCUCACAGCCAGGCUCUGAAGAAGGUCUUCUCUGAGGACAACGAGAUCCAGAGAACUCUUGACGAGGACUUCAUCGUUCUGAAUCUGGUGUAUGAAACCACAGACAAACAUCUGUCCCCUGAUGGCCAGUACGUUCCCAGGAUCCUGUUUGUUGACCCCUCGAUGACAGUGAGGGCUGACAUCAACGGGCGCUACUCCAACCGCUUGUACGCCUACGAACCAAGUGACAUCAAAGUCUUGUUGAGUAACAUGCAGAAGGCCAAGAAGCUCCUGAAGUCUGAGUUGUGAGCGCCGCGACGAGCUGCCGGUCCACAGUUUGCUGUCACCACAGAGAACAUGAUGUCACGCUGAAGACGAAGCUCCUCGCCUUCACCUGAAGCAGCUCCUCUCUGAAACCCCGUCCUGAUCUGUAUCUCUGUUGUUAUUCCUGUACAAUCACAGCUUCUUUUGAAUAAAUAUCUCUUCAUACAAAUGAGA